GAGGCUUCGAAGGAUGCCGGGCGGUAGCCAUUACGCUGCUCGCCGACGUCGCGGUGCAACGCUGCGUCAAGGUCGCGGAGCCGUCACGAAUACUCUGAAAUCUCGCCAGAAUCGCUACCCAGACAUGGAGGAAGCGCUGAAUCAAAGCCAGGACGGAGAGAUUUUUUCGGAAAACGCCACUGGACCCAAGCGCAGGACGUCGUCUGGCCCCGGAGCCUAUUCUCAGCGCGACCCCAACGUCGUCUGCAAAUGUGAAGCCGGCUGCACGUGCUCACCUGCAGCCGUGGGAGACUUGGAACAACCGGCAGCCAAGACAGAACCGGAAGGACCGAAAGAAAUUGAUUCUGCCCGUAACAUCUACCAGCAGUACAGCAUUUGUGACGACUGUCGAGCCCGGCUCGGCAAGGAUUUUGAUGUCAGAGCGGAAAGUUGCGCCCUAGCUCUCCUGGAGCUCCGCUAUGGGUCGGCCGCUCGCGAAGCGAACCUGGCCAGCGGUGACGGCGGCCGCCACGGUGAGCGAGAGAGACCCGUGGAGCACUUCUCGGGUGUGCGUCGCACACCACCAAAGCCGCUGCGCCGCACUCUCGUCGUCUCGUCGGGUGCCAGCGAUUUAGAUCAGGCCAGGGUGUCUCUGCUCAAGGGGGCGGCCAAACGCCGCCGAAAGUGCUCCUGCGGCGCCGCAGGCACAUCGACGAUCUGCCAAUGCCAGAAUGCCGCUACGACUGGACCAGGCAACGGCCCCGGUGGUCGCUCGGCCACCGUUUCGAGACCCAGCCCGCCCGCCGCGGCUGGUGCCUGCGUUGAACCACAGAGCAGCAGCGGUUCCUCAACCACAGCUGUAAUGAUCCAACUGCCUGCCAAGGACGAAGCUGGCGAUGAACCCAACGGCAACCCUCCAUCCGUCGCCGCUCCGGUACUUAUCCUGCCUACCGUGGUACUUGCCGGGGAGUCAAGCAAGUCUGCCGAAAAAGAAGAAUGCCCGAGUCGCGAAUGAAAGGUGAAGCGUUUGGACGACGUCGUCGAGGAGGUGCGGAGAAAAAAAAAAAAAUCGUCCAUGCAGCAGGAAGCCUUCCAUCUUGUUCAGAGGUCGUGGAGGACGAAACGGCAGCUUCAGUGACCUUUUUUUUUCUUUUCUCUUUUUCUUUCGCCCUUUUUUUCCCUUUUUUUCCUCUCGUCAGUCUCUAAUAAAGGUCAGUUGACCCGUUGAACGAGCUACCUUUGUUAAUAAGCGUCGCAACGAAAAAGGACGGCAGUCUCGUAUAGCAGCUGACGUAUAAUGAGCCAAGGAGGCGUCCGGGUAGUAGUGAAUAGCCACGUUCCCUUGAAUUAUAUUUUCCCUUACUUUU